CUGGAGCACCCGGCAGGGCCGCCCUGGGUGCGGGGGGCGGCUCGCCCCGGCCCCGGGUAGGGGGGCGGCCAGCGGGGGGCUCCGCUGUCUCGGGGUCCCGCAGCCCCCGCCGCCGCUGCCAGCGCCGGUGAUGGCCAAGGAUGUCCUCGGAGGGGGAAGCCGAGGCGGCUGCCGAGAGCGGGCCGGGCAGCACCCCCGCGCCGGGGGCCGCCGCCGCUGUGCGGGAGGAGCAACGCCCCGUGAAGCAGUCCCUGAGCGCCUGCAUGUGCCGGGAGUCCCACUGGAAAUGUCUCCUCCUCUCCAUCCUCAUGUAUGGCUGCCUGGGUGCAGUGGCCUGGUGUCAGCUGGCUCGGGUCACCAAGCUCAGCUUUGAUAGCUCCUUCAAGGGCAAGUCCAUGAUCUACCAUGACAGCCCAUGCUCGGACGGCUAUGUCUAUAUCCCACUGGCCUUCCUCUCUAUGCUGUACGUGGUGUACCUGGUAGAGUGCUGGCACUGCCACGUCAAGAGAGAACUGCAGUACAAGGCAGAUGUGGACAGUGUCUAUGAAUGCAUCAACCGCAUGCAGCAAGCCACUCCAUGCAUCUGGUGGAAGGCCAUCAGCUACCACUUUGUGCGGCGAACCCGGCAGGUGACGCGGUACCGCAAUGGUGAUGCCUAUACCACCACACAGGUCUACCAUGAGAGGGUCAACACCCAUGUGGCUGAAGCCGAGUUUGACUACUCCCACUGUGGAUACAAGGACAUCUCCAAGGAGCUCCUAGGCCUGGAGAGCUACACAGCCACCAAGCUGAGGUUCACCAAGUGCUUCAGCUUUGCCAACACCGAGUCUGAGAACUCUUACCUGACUCAGAGGGCUCACUUCUUCACGGAGAUUGAGGGUCUGGAUGACUACAUGGAGGUGAGGGAAGGAAUGCAGCUCAAAAACGUGGACUUCAAAGAGCUUAUGAUGGCCUACGGGGACCCGGAUCACCUCCCCUGGUAUGUGUCCCACUAUGCUUUCUGGGUGGCAGCUAUCCUCAUGAUCUCAUGGCCGCUCAGGGUACUCAUAGAGUAUCGGACUGCUUAUGUCCACUACCACGUGGAGAAGCUGCUGGGCCUGGAGUACACGACACCCACGGCGGUGGAGGAGCCCUUGUACCGAUACCGCAUGCCCCGCGACGCCACGCAGGACAGCACGGAGCUGGAGUGGCACAUCUGCACCAACCGGCAGCUGAUCCCCAGCUACUCGGAGGCCAUGCUCAUGGACCUGGCCAGCUCCCCAGCCUAUGCAGUGUGCCGGUACGGCCAAACAGCCCACGGCUGCGACCGCUGCAACCGCGCCUCCAGCACCUCCUCCAUCUUCUCGCGCCACGCUUUCCAUAGCUGCAACUCUCGCCUCUCCCUCAACACCAGCCGCUUCUCCCUGUGCCGCGUCCACGGCUCCCACAGGACAGGCCUCUGGAGGAGCCGCAGCAGCAGCAUCGCCGACCGUGGCUGCCAGGAUGAGCAGUGCUGCUCCUACUCCAGCCAGCUGGCCAUCAAUGAGAACCCCCCGACCUACCAUGAUGCCCGCUUCUUCCCUGUGCUCAUCGUGCACCGGCCCGAGGGGCACAGCGGGCAGCCUUUCUGUGUCAGGCGCUCCUCCUGCCUGGAAACCUCGCUGUGACGUGAAUCCAUGAUUUCCCGGCUCCUCUGCCCCGGGAUGGGGCUUGCAGAGGUGCUGCCAGUGGGAGCCUGCAAGUGUCAUUCCUCACAGUGGGUUGGCAGGAUGAGCUUUAGCUCUUCCCACCGCCACUGCAAGAAGAUGUAGUCACUCUGACCAACAGCUAACCUCAUUUUCCUCCUUCCAUUGGUCUCCCUAGGCUUUUGUUCCCCUCUUCCUUUCACUCCUCACCCCCUCUUGUGCUCCUCAGGUCCCUGCCUUCCCUCCCAUCCCACUCCCAGUCUUGUUCUUUACAUUUCAGCCACAGCAUUGUUGCCACGGGAGGAUUUAUAAAGCCUGUGCUCUGCAGUGUAUUUGCCCUCCUGGAUGCCCUGCAAGGUAAGAAACUUGGAUAAAGCAAGGCAAAAGGCCAGAGUCAGAAGGAGAAUCAGAUCUGCAGACACUGAAUAACCAUCUGCAGGCCCCAGACAAGUUUCUUUUUUAAUGUAUUUUAUUUUCACCAGUCUUUCUUCCUUUUCUUCUCUCAUUUAUUGUCUCCUUUCUUCAUGUUCUCCUCCUCUCACUUUACCCUCAUCUUCCUUUUUCCUUCAGUUUUCUCACUCCUGCUCUCCAUUUUUUUGGGGGGUUUGCCAGUCACGAUGUCUUUCAGGGUGUAAUUCCCUUCCACUGGGCAAAAAUAAGGUAUUUGCAGCACGAACAUCACUGCUGACACAACCACAGGCUAUGCCCCUGGGGAGGUGCCAAGGACUUUCUUUCCAGAGCAGUGACAGGCACCAAGAAAGCAAAAUGCCCUUUGCUCACCUUGCCCUGCCUGGACUGCAGCAGAGACACCGCUGCAUUUGCAGCUAUAGUUAACCUUACCCAGCUCCACCCCUGUUAGCAAUCCUUAUGAGCCCUAAUGUAGAUCAGUGCCCUGUUAGUGCCACUAUUUUUAGGACCGUGGGUCUGGUUUGUGGUUGUUUCAUUCCCACUACUUGCUCAGAGCAGUGCAGGCUGGACAAGAGGAGAGAGCUGCAGGGGGAAAGGUAAAUAUGGUAUUAGCCCUCCCAGGUAGUCUGAAGUCAUUAGGAAGCUCUUCCACCCACAGUGUCUAUUAGAGCAGUUGCAGGACUGCUCUACGUUAUCAUACAGCAAUCUGUGUGCCCUAGGAAGGCCUUCUGGCUGGUAGCCCACUGCCUCCUUCCCACCUUCCCAAGCAGGAUGUGGUGCCACCCCAGCCCCAGGCAGGGAGCACAGCCGGGAGCCAGCCCCACCGGCCAUUCCUGCUGGGAUAAUGGCUCUUCCCAUAAGGCUUCCCCUGGUGCAGCACCUUCAGGAAUCAGUCCCAGCAAUGCCAAACCCAGGAGGUGUCCUGCUGUGCUCUGGGCUGUGGGCUGCCCUCCUGGCCCAGUGGAGAGCCCCAAGAGCCAGGGACCAACCCAAGAAGCUUAUGGCCACACUGAGGACCUGCCAGUGACCUUGCACCUACCAAACCUCCAUCCCACAAGGGAUGGUCAUGUGCUGAGCAAGCUCCAUACCAUGUUGUUGUGUGGAUGGUGGAGAUUAUUAUCCACCGUGACUCAUAGGAGAAUGCAAUAUGAUCGCAAUACUGUCACUUUAGCACACACAGUGUUGUCACACCCUAAGCAAAUAGGUAAGAAACUGAGCCCCAAGAAGGGCUGGUAACAAAUGCUUCCUUCCAAGUCCAUUCUGUGUGCAUCUACAUGUGAUUUGAGAUUUGUAAAGUCAUACACAUAUGUGUAAAGUAUCUAUACUCUGCAUACUUAUAUGGUGGUUUCUUAUGGCAUCGACUGUUGCACCAUGUUAAAUACAUUUUGUUUUGGUUUGGU